AUGCCGCGUCUGCGCCUGCUGAGCUUCACAACGGAGCUCGGCAUCGGGGCAUCCGUCUACAACAGCAUUUACCCUCGUCUGUGUACCAUCGAGUAUCUCCUCUCUGUUGCGAUGGUCAUCUACCUCUGCGCCUACGCUUUCUGCACGCUUCGGGUCUUCUGCGCGAAGAAUAUUCAUCACUAUCUCAGAGACCUUCUGGCACCCAAUACUUUCCUCCGCCGCUACAACGCCAUCGGCUACGAUAAACACGUAGACAGUCAGUGGGGGCGGUUCACUCAGCAGUACACAACGCUGGUAGAGCUCUCUGCUUUCAUGGGUGCAACAACCUUCCUCUGCCGCUGCGUGUCGAGCACUUCCAUGAGCCGCGCACCCUCGACGGCUGACUCGAUCUCAUCAUAUGACAUCAGCCAAAAUGGGCUUGCCGGCACUACGAACGGCGCUGUCACCAACAUCGGCACUCGGGGAGGAAGACUGCCUGCAGAAAGCAGUGCUUCUGACGUUCGUGCAAGCAAGCCCGUGUCACUCGCGUUACGUGUGUGGCGUAUCAUCGCCGGGCAUUCAUGGAGUAUCCCUGCGUUCUACACCGUCACAGGAUUCAUUUUUGUGGCCGCUGUGCACGGCCCGCACUUCUUCCUUCCACUGCUCCUCAUCAUCGCCAACUACGUCAUCUUCUCGCGGCUGCAGCGCCUGUGCCCCUACUGGCUCUUCAUGGCCACCAUGUGGGCCACGCACGUCGCCGGCCUGUACAUCAUCGAGAUCGCCAAUGGGUUCGAGGGGACGUACUGGCUCCAGUACUUCACCACGAGUGCUGAUGAGGCGCUGAAUCUCCUCGGAUAUGAGCAGAAGCCUCUGUGGGACACGAAUAUGCGCUGGGCCAUAUCCUUCCGGAUGUCGACGCUGCGCCUCAUCUCCUUCAACUACGACCUGUGGGAGGCCACGCACGCCGCCGCGCGCGCGCGCGAGCGUGCCACGGCGAAGCACGACGCCACCUGCAUCGAGUGCGCGCAGCUGCGCGAGCAGAACGCUGCGCUGGCGGCCGCGCUGCCCGCCGAGGCGUCGCGCUGCUACAAGUACCGCACCGAGUACCCGCGCGACCCCGCCGACUACAACUUCGUCAACUACGCCGCCUACACGCUGUUCCCGCCACUGUACCUUGGCGGGCCAGUGUCGUCCUUCAACGCGUUCGUGUCGUACAUGCGCGUGCCGAGCACGUCGAUGCCGCUGCGCAAGAUGGUCACGUAUGCGUUCUCCAUCUUCCGCAUCUACGCUACGACGGUGCUGCUUCUACACUUUGUGCACGUGCCAGCCUUAGCGAAGCACUCCUACCUUAUCACGGAGAUGAGCUUGCAGGAGCAGGCGCACUUUGUGUUCUUAACGCUGGCCUACCUGUGGCUGAAGUUCAACUUCAUCUGGAAGUCGUCGCGCCUCUUCGCCAUGCUCAGCGGCAUCGAAGUUCCGGAGGACAUGCGGCGCUGCUUCGCGAACACACUGACGGUGCGCGACUUCUGGCGGGAUUGGCACGCCUCCUUCAACCUGUGGGUCGUGCGGUACAUGUACAUCCCGAUGGGCGGCAGCAGCCGCGUCGCGCUGUCGGUGCUUCCCAUCUUCCUGUUCAUCGCGUUGUGGCACGACCCGGUGUUGCAUCUUGUGAAGUGGGCGCUGUGCAUUGCCGUGAUAUUCAUGGCGGAGGUGGCGGUGAGCGGGUGCUUUGGGUGGGCUGUGGCGGCGUUCCGCCGUGAGAUGGCCGCCGUGGCACCGACGGGCGCCGUGAAUGAUGCCACGCUGGAAAGGGAGAGCCCCAUUACCGACCCGGUGCGUCGUCGUCUGCUGGCGCGCCUGGCGAGGUUGUGUGCGCGUCGCUUGAGCCCGCGGGUGCAAUCGUUUCUCUAUCGCCAACUUCGAGUGGCGGCUGGCAUGUCCUCAGCGUUUGGGCUGGCUGUCGCCAACUCGGUGGGCUUCUCGAUGCAAAAUGGCCUGACAGACUCGAAUGGGGGUGCGCAGUCGGCGUAUGCCGAUGCCGAUUUUCUCAUAGCAAAGGCACUUAUGAGCGUAACACCCACGUUUACCCUCGGUGCAGUAGCCUUUAUAUAUUCGGCUUCCUCCUUGGCAGUGAUCGAUCGUGAAAUGACUCACCAGCAGACAUUGUCUCUGAAGCGGUUGUACUGCUUGAAAUAG